AACCAAUUUAUGAUCGAGAUGGUUGUAAAAUUUUGAGUCCAACCCAACUCAUUUCCGGUUCAGAAGGCUUGAUGCACAACAGCCCCAAAAGGCGAAGCUAGUUGGGAUAAAAAGGUAAUUUGAAGAAAAAGAAAACAGAGGCUUAGGCAACUAAGAAAGAAAGAUGAAGCUGAAGGUAUAUGCGGACCGCAUGUCCCAGCCAUCCCGUGCGGUUCUCAUAUUUUGCAAAGUGAAUGGAAUAGAUUUUGAGGAGAUCAAAGUCGAUUUAUCCAAACGUCAGCAGUUAUCUCCCGAAUUCCGAGCGGUUAACCCUUUAAGGAAAGUCCCUGCUAUUGUUGAUGGAAGGUUCAAGCUAUUUGAGAGUCAUGCUAUUCUCAUAUAUCUUGCUUCUGCAUUUCCAGGAGUUGCAGACCAUUGGUACCCGGCUGAUCUUUCCAGGAGAGCAAGAAUUCACUCGGUGUUAGAUUGGCAUCACCAGAAUUUGCGUCGUGGAGCAGCUUCAUUUGUUCUAAAUACUGUACUAGCUCCACUAUUGGGCCUACGAGCAAACCAACAAGCAGCUGCUGAAGCCGAGAAAAUUUUGAUUUCAUCUUUGUCAACAAUUGAGAACAUUUGGCUUAAGGGGAAUGGACAGUACUUGCUUGGUGGCUUGCGGCCAUCCAUAGCAGAUCUCAGUCUGGUUUGUGAAAUUAUGCAAUUAGAGCUUUUAGAUGAGAAGGACCGUGAUCGUAUUCUUGGCCCUCACAAGAAGGUUCAGCAGUGGAUUGAGAGCACAAGAAAUGCAACGAGGCCUCAUUUUGAUGAAGUUCAUACAAUCCUCUAUAAGCUCAAAACGAGGCUUUCUGAGCAGCAAUCUAAUCAGGCAGAUGGCGUGAUGCAAUCUAGGAUUAGAACCCCUCUAAGUUCAAAGAUGUGAACAAACAACCAUGCCAGUAACGUGCCUGUGACAACUUAUAUGUGUGUGUGUGUGUGUGUUGGCUGCAAGUAUCACUGUAUCAGGUUUGAAACAUCAAAGAUGAAGUUUAUGUCUGUAUUGAGACCCCUUAAUCUAAGUAAGUUGGGCAGGUAAUAAAUGUGAUUUCCACAUGAAGAUACAAUCGUCUCCUCCUAUGAGCAGAUUUGGCGGCAAUAAUGUUAGUCUGUCCUUUAUAUUUGCCACGCACAAUAUUUUCUAGGAGCUGGUAAAUUGCUGUAGUAUAGACCUAUGUUUUUUUGUUGAACCCGGAUCUCCCUCGAUCCAAGAGCCAAUGACUAAUUCCCCAAGGCCAUGAUUUGUACAAUAUAAAUUUGUAUGCAUUAUCCAAUGGCAAUGACGUGGGAACAUUAUGCAGCAUUUGUAUCAAAAUUUGAUUGAAAUAAAUUAAUCCUAGUAUAUUAAAAUUUUA